UACGCUUUCAUUUCUUCUAUCUUGCAUUUUUAGCGCGGCGUUGGAUUGGCCCUUACCACCGGAAGAGCAAACCACUGGAUAAUUUAAUGUACUAUCGACGUACUGUCAAUCUCUGGUUAGGUCUAUGUUGCAUAUGUACAGUAAUUAGUGAGCUUGAUGAUACCUAUGAUUGGAAUAUGCGUGAUUGCGGAAUCGUGGUUUUGCAGGAUGACGUGUCGAUUAGAUCUCGAAGCCCGGUUCAAUACCAACACGAAGCCAAUGCUGAUAUUAUUGGUCUCGUCCUGUUGCAUACGUUGGACCAGUGGCAUUCUGGGAGACAGUAAUAUUGUAGUCUUAAUCUAUGCUGGGUAGAUUUGGACCUAGCUGUCAUCAGUAACCGAAAAUAUAU